CAGAAAGAGAGGGAUCAUCACCCGUGUCCUUGUAGAGAAAUAGAGAAAAGAGGAAGCAUGACCAUUCCAUGGAGGACAGGUGUCAUGCUGAUGUUCUUUUCUUCUGCAGAGGCUUCAUUGAAUGAACCGGUCAUCUGCUACAUACUGGACGGAGUCCUGAUUCUCUACUCCAUCAUCACCACCGUUCUAUUCUUCAAAGUGAAGUGGGGCCAGUCUGUAACUGAACCUGUGGAGGACUCCACAUAUGCAGAACUCCUGACGGGUACUAUUGCUGACGACUAUGAGGAUCUAAGGACUGACCAGACUGCAGCUACUAGACGGAAGCGCAAACAGGAAGCUAGUAGCGACACAUACCAGGCUCUCCAGAUAAAAAAUGAUGGGCGUGAGGUCUACCAGGUGAUCGAGUCCAAGGGGAGGACUCGCAAGAAGGACAAGAAAGCCAAGGUCCCCCAGCCUCUCAGUGCAAACAUCCAGGCUCAGACCCGGCCCUCCGCCACCUCCAAACUGAUCUGACCCAGUCAGCCCUCGGCACGGAGGCAGCUGUUUACUCCACUGGCAGGUCUCCCCUGCACUGAUCCCACAGUCAGCUUAUAUCUCUGAAGAUAACAGUAUAGAAGGUUAUCUGCUUUCUGGCUAUAGCAGUGUUCUACUCCUGAGCUCAACUCCCUGCCCUGUUAUUGCAUGUUACAAAUCAGCAGAAAAGUGUGCAUGUCUUAUCUAUGUUUAUUGACCGCUUUCUGUGCCCUUUAUGGCUGUAUGUGGUAAUGUUGAUAUUUUGACCAUAAUAAAAAACAGUACACGUUCCAAUGUUAAAACACUUGGAAAAUGGUUUAAUGAUGUUUACAACUAAAGAGAACUGUACAGUUACAGUAAAAUAUUGUUUAUAUAUAUAUAUAUAAACAAAUAAAAUACAGCAGACAAAUGCA